GUCAAAUCCUACAUGAGGGCGCCAAGCACCCGAGCGUUAGCGUUAGCUGAGGGGCGCCAGGCACCCUUGGCGUUAGUAUCGUUCGUCAAAAGGCCCCCUGUGGUAGAGUGACAUACCUGUGUCGCACGCGAAGAUGAAUGUGAUGAUGACCAGGGCAAUGUUCGACUUGAGUAGCUGUCUUGACUUGAGCUGUGUAUUGAGUCUCACUAUCUCGUCCUUGUCUCUUUGAUCCCAUGGCAAGAAUUGGCCAAGACGACUGGAAAUAGACCAGGAUGCAGUAGAUGACCAGCAGUGAGUCUUUGUGUGUGUUUGUGUGUGUGUUUUUCCCUCUGCUCUUUAUGUAUGCGUUCUACGUCGCAGGAGUUGGAGAAAUGUUCAUUAUUUAAACGUCAUGCCGCCUACGGGACUCCACCUCAUGGUUUGAUUUCAGAGUUUGCCUUCUUUUAGAUAAGUUUCAAUCCAAAAUUAACAAGCCCCACCCACCGGAAGCGCUGGUGAUGCAUUUUCCUGCUUUUGCCCGACUUAGUUUUAGACACCACUCAAGCCACCAAGCACCCUAGCGUUUAGUGGGAGGGCGCCAGGCACCCCGGGGCUAGAAGGCUACUAGUCAUAACAAACCGAUGCUCCUGGGAUCUGGAUUUAAGUUAGGGAUAGUUUUGAUCAGUCGAGCAUAGAGAAAAAAUAGUCGAUGGGAGGGUGAUAUUUUCCUGUACUUGGUCCGUUGCGGAGGCGUAAAAAGUGGGUGGUGGCGCUAGGAAUUGAAGGAUGGGAAGUAGAUAGUGAAAAGACCAAGCCGCAUGUUUAACUUCCCAUGUUAUCGUGUUAUACGUCACGUUUGAAUAACCUCAAAUAGCAGCAGACUUUCUUUUUUUUUGGUUUUGUUAAUGUUAUGAAUGAACUUAUAGAGCAGGGUUCAUGAAAGAGACAUGCGAUGUUUAUUUAAUCUGAUGCACCAGUUAUCGUGUAGCAGGCGAAGGUCAAACCCAGUGGAAUCAACGAAUGAUAAAAAGUGAAUCUCGAGUUUGAACAGAUCUAGCAAUUACUACGAUAACACGAGGAAAAAAAAAUAAAGUAAGAUUCCGUCAGUUGAUAAGAGGCCACCGGAUGUUUAUCAUUAUUUGUGUAAAAGGUCACGCAGACAUUGUAUAAAACGUCACGCAGACUUCAUAUAAAAUGUCACGAUGAGAUUUUUUGUGUGCAAUAUUUAAGAUGUUAAUUGAAAUUAUUUUGUUUCCACACGAAUAAAUAAUUUUAUUUCAGGACCAAAUAAUUUUUAUUCUUUAAAAAAAAGAGAAGAUUUCGAUUUGGUAAGACAAAAUUACUCCUCUUAUUGAAAGUUAUGUAAAUUUUCUGAUAGCCCCCCUUCCCCCCCCCCCACACACACACGUCUUUUUUGCUGACGGAGAAACAUUCGUGACGCCACUGACACGUUGAUAAAAUUAAUUCAAAACUAAUUCAAAACUAGGUUGGAAAAAGUUAUGUAAAUUUUUUUAUAGCCCCCCCUCCCCCCCCCCCACCCACACACGUCUUUUUUGCUGACGGAGAAACAUUCGUGACGCCACUGACACGUUGAUAAAAUUAAUUCAAAACUAAUUCAAAACUAGGUUGGAAGGGGGGGGGGGGUGACAAUUGACUAAAAUAAUCAUCGGCACCAUCGUCUCUUCUACUUGGUCGUAAUACUUUGAGAGGGGGAGGGGGAAUUGUUGAUGCAAAAUUACCUACUGCAGAAUCUUUUUAAGAAAUCUCUGUGCUGAUUUGGUUCUUAACAAAUGACUAUUUUUAAAAGUAUAUAUAUAUAUAUGUAUAUAUGUUGUUUCUGUGCAGGGGCAGGGGGAAAAGAGUGUGGUUGGGGGGGGGGGGCUUUGGACCAGACCUUCCUCUGAUUCUACGCCAAUUCUGCGCUAUAAAGAUUCUUUCAACAUCUCGUCACGCUCCAGGUACCAGUGAUAAUGUCCCACUGGGAGCCCUGUCGUCAAUGUCUGGGACUGUUCGCUGCCAUAGAAACUUCCUGAGCCGUAACAGGUGCUAGGAGAUUAACCUUUUUUUUUUAAAAUCCUUGUUGACGGAAAGAUAUACAGCCUACUUUUUUUUUCGUCACAGGUGCUAGGAGAUUAACCUUUUUUUUUUUUAAAUCCUUGUUGACGGAAAGAUAUACAGCCUACUUUUUUUUUUUUUUACAUUUAUUUAUUUUUAUUCCCUUCCUACCUUUCUUUCUUUCCCUUCCUUCCUUCCUUUUUCCACUUCCUUCCUUUAUUUCCCUUCCUUCCUUUCUUUCCCUUCCUUCUUUCCUUUCGUUCCCUUCCUUCCUUUCUUUCCUUUUCUUCCUUUCUUUCCCUUCCUUUCUUUUUUUCUUUCCUUCCUCCGUCCUUCCUUUCUUUCUUUCUUACUUACUUUCUUUCUUUCCCUUCCUUUCUUUUCCCCCUUCCUUUCUUUUCCCCCCUUCCUUUCUUUCUUUCUUUCUUUCUUUCUUUCUUUCUUUCUUUUUUUCUCAGAAGUCAUCUUUACCCAUAUUUUAUCAACGUCAAGUUUCAAUGGGAUCAAGUUUCACCAAUGAAAUGUCUUGUUUUCCUGUUACCUCAUUCACUAUCUUCGAGGAACGGCACUGAGCUGAAAUUCGGUUCUUCUCAAACAAAUAGACCCUUAAAUCGCGGAGGAACACCUUUUUUUCUUUUUUCAACAACAAAAAGUAAAUAAAACAAAGAAGCCACAGCUGUGGCGAAUGAAGAGUCAAAUACGAUUAACAAUAUAUAAAUAAUUAAUUACUGCUACUAACUAAAAUUUAAUGAAGAAAUAAGCUGUUUUAUCGUAUUGUAGUUUAACCAAAAUGUAACGUAAUCAUACAAACGAUGUAUCAGCUGGAGGUGGAUUUCCUUCUUGAAGUUAAACACAGUCAACUGUCGAUAAACUUCGAAUUUGAUAUUUUAAAUGAAUUGUUUGUUCUUUUACAAACAAUAUGUACUGGGAAAAAAAAAGAAAAAAAAAAAUUCACACUUUAUAGUUCAAGUCGACUAAUGGGCCAGUUGGCGAUAGAAUCGACCAUCCCUGGCGGUAAAUUUUUCAACGUUAUUUUUGCUUCUUGCUUUACCAGUACAACAUUAAAUUAAUAUUUGAGAUUAAAAUGCAUCUCUCUCCCCCCUCCCCUUCCUCAAGUUUGACGCCCGGACAAUAGUACAUGUUGCCCCAUCGGUAGAGGCGGUGUUGUCCCGUCGGUAGAGUAGGUGUUGCCCCGUCGGUAGAGCCGGCGUUGUCCCGUCGGUAGAGCCGGUGUUGUCCCGUCAGUAAAGCCGGCGUUGUCCCGUCGGUAGAGCCGGUGUCGCCCCGUCGGUAGAGCCGGUGUUGUCCCGUCAGUAAAACCGGCGUUGCCUCGUCGGUAGAGUCGGUGUCGCCCCGUCGGUAGAGUCGGUGUCGCCCCUUCGGUAGAGUCGGUGUUGCCCCGUCGGUAGAGUCGGUGUUGCCCCGUCGAGGGAAGCAGAUGUUGCCCCUUGCAUAGGGGCUGAAAUUCUGGCCACAUUACCUUACUCUUAGACUCCUAGGGGUUAAGUGCUUCUGAACUCCGACCUUUUAUAAAAAUAUGACAUUGAUGGAACAACAUAGACACAAAAUUGACAGAGAACCUAGUCAAUAUGGCAAUUAAUAAAACUGCAAAAUUUGCAUUGACGACCAUAAAUGUAUUCCUCAUUUCGUACCUAGUUGUAGCGUUUAGGGUCUGGGGAUAAACAAAAAGUUGCGUAUGAAAAAGGGGGGGGGGGCGCGUAUGUGUUUUAAAAAUCUUGUCAUCUGUGGUCGAGUUAUAUGUGACUCUCCAUCCUUGACUAUACAAAUAUAAUUGUAUCCCCAGCGCCGUGGCAAGCAAAACCUGUGCCCGGGACAAAACCUGUGCCCGGGACAUAACAUGUGCCCGGGACGAAGCCUAAAUUUAGGCACCUUAUUCACACAAAGUUUUUAUUAAUACACAUAUUUUUCGUGAACAGUGACGAUUUUAGUGCACGCUGGAGAUGGUGCCCGGGGACUGGAGUGCCCACCCUCUCGAAUGGCCAUUAUUGUAGAGUGCAUCAUGCAUCAACUAAAUAAACAAAGUGCCAACAAAAACAUAUUCUAUGGCAAAAGAAACUUAAUGAGUCGUGGCCAACUUGUUUAUGAACGAAUGGUUAGAGACUUGACACGCGUGUGUGUGUGUGUCCCCCAGUGUGGGGAAGAGGAACUCUUAUACGCAAUGACAUGAAGAGAACUUCCCAACGGAUGAUAUGGAUAAUGUGAACGUCUUGAAACUUGAAGCAAGCCCCCCCCGGCCCCCCCCCCCAGGGUGACCCAAGAAAGAGGAAAGAAAGCAAAUGCUUUAAUGUUUGUUCAUAAAAAAAAAAAAAAAAAAGGGGGGGGGGGGGGGGGGGAAGAAAACUGGUACAAAAAUUCGUCACAACUAGUGGCUGCCUUUGAAUUUGAUGAUCCGCCAAAGUACAAUGGCGUAACUCAGUGGUGCCCGACUUUAGGGGGUCGCUACAGGGUAAUGACGUCGUGGCAGGGGGGCUCCACUGUAAAAUACCUUCAUGCGGUCGCAACCCUCGCCAUUGGCGUCAGGGACAGAUAUGGUGGUUUGGGGGUGAUGAUGGUUGGCGACAACUCGAUUUUGUUGGGAAAAGACAGAGGAAUUCUUUACCUCAUCAUGUUUUCGGAUUGUGGCCAGUAACUUUUAGCAUGCCCGUCAAAUCUGCAUAAAUAAAUAUUUCCAUUUGCUAAACAUAUCUUAGCUUCUAAACUUAAUUUUACCUUCAAAACUAAAUUAACUGAUAAAAGAUGCAGUUGCAGCAGAAAAUGUAUCUCUAAGAAGGUUUUUUUUUUAAUUGAAAAACGAGCAAAAUCAAAUCUCAGUUUCCCAUAAUUCUUUUUUAGAACCACUGCCAUCGCUGACCUGCAGCGUGUGCGUCCCUCUGCCAUCGCUGACCUGCAGAGUGUGUGUCACUCGGGUCCAGACUCCAGACCAUGAUGACAAUAAACAAUGCAGCCGGUAACAAACUGGUUUUGCUGGAUGUGUUUGUCAGAAAUGAGUUUGUACUGGGUGCGUUUAGCUGUGCCUGGAGCGUGUGUAUCCGUACAUGGAGUGUGUGUGCACUGUGUGGGACUCAUUAUGAAAGGAAGCACACCUCAUGUUGAUGGACACCUAACACACCCCCCCCCCCCAAUUUCUUUUUCAGAUUCAGGAGAUUAUUUUAUUUAAACUGUCUGUAAAUUUGGAAUUUUUCCGUUUUCAAUUUCGAACAAACCUCAAAAACAUUUAAACCAGGCAGCAUCAGUGGACAACAUCGGUGGUCAUUAACUGCGACAUUCACUCCAUUGCGUAAAGCUAUUGACUUAAUGUUGAAUUUAAUCAUUGGCAGAUAUUUAUGGCCGUUGCCAAACUAGUUCCGCUCAGUACAACAUAUGAAGAUAUAGAAAAAUGGCAAAAAUAAACUCCUAUAACGCGUUUAAAGCUUACGUGCAACACCUUCUUUUUAAUGUUUCUGUUUCAUCAUAGGAUAAAAUGGACCCAAACGUGGUUAUUCCGUGCUGAGUCCCAUCCCGAGUACCAUUCUUAGUACCAUUCCGAGUACCACCUUGAGUACCACCCUGAGUACCAUCCUUAGUACCAUUCCGAGUACCAUCCUUAAUACUAUUCCGAGUACCAUCGUUAGUACCAUUCCGAGUCCCAUCCUUAAUACCAUUCCGAUUACCAUUCAGAGUACCACCCUGAGUACCAUCCUUAGUACCAUUCCGAGUACCACCCUGAUUACCAUUCCGAGUACCAUCCUGGCCUGAGUAACUUUCUUGCUAGUUUGAACACUCGAAGAAUCAUUGUGAUUAUCUCACAUAAUAGGCUUGAAAUGUAACUUUAUACCUGUGAAUAACGAAGUCAAGGACGAAAACCUGGUUGGAAAUAAUGUAAAUGAAACAGUUAAUUAAAACGCGUUAUUAUAAAUGUAUUUGUAAAAAAGAAAAAAACUUUUUGCCCAAGGAUAACGACACGCCCCUCUUUACGGUUUCACUUGCCCGUCUCAAGAAUGUGAGACGUCCUUUCUCUUCUUGUCUUCAAUUCGCUCAACUGUCUCUGGUUGCUUUUUUUCUUCUUUUUAGCGUUGGUUGACACAGUCUUUACUUACACUUAAACUCCAACCAAAAUCAGGCGCAUUUCCGGGGCUGUUUCCUGCUCGAACUGGCGGUUUGGCUGGGGGGAAAAUUUAGUUUCAAACCAACAGCUAAACACCUCUUAAAACAAUCCACAAACACACACGCACACAAUGGAGGGGCCGUGUGUUUGAGAGUAAACACACACAUCAGAAUAGUUGCACGCAAUGGGUUGGGUGAGAUUUAGGGGGGGGGGGAGUUAAUGAGUUGAUGUUAUUUUCAUUUAACUUUUACUUUCUUCAUUUUAACAUGGGCUGACAUUUUACGGCCAAACCAUCAUUUGGGGUGUUGAUGUUGUUCAUCUUAAUACGAUGUUUCAAAGCCCCCCCCCCCUCUUCCCUUUUUUUUUUUUUUUUUUCUCUCAUUAUGGGGCCGUUUUUUUUAUUUUUUUUUUUUUUUUUUUAUUUUUUUUGUUGUUUUUUUUUNCUGCAAUUGUGUCUGUCGUGCACAGGUCAGUAACAAGGUGUGUCCGGGUGUUAGCCCCGCUACAGGCAUCGUCACCACAAGAGGUGGGCCAAAAAGAGAACCUUGCCAGAACGAGAUGACAAAAUGUGCCCCAAAUAUCUCUGCAACCCAAAUGUCGUCUUUCAAACGCUUACCGCACCAGGCGCCGAAUUCGAUUGCUGCCGCGGCACUGCAAAAGUGAAAGAAUGCCCAGCUCGUCAAUCAAUAGAUGGCCUAAGGUCAUCGAGACGUUGAAUCUUUUCAGCGGUCCCAAAGAACGGACAUCUUUUUUUUUUUUGCUACCGCUUCUAAUGUUUCUGUUCUGCCCCUGGCUAAGUUCAGUGUUAAUCCUGAGUGAGACAGCACAAAAGCUGUUUAGUUGGCCCUUCAUUGUCUUGUGCCGGUAAAGACGCCAGCGUAUAAAUAUUUCGGCCUAGUUAGAAUGUUUGGUUUUUGGAUUGUCUUCGCCUGAUGGCAGUAAACUCCGAACAUGAACCAAUGAUGAGGCUGAUCUCGACUAACAUGAAAUGGGGGUAGGCAUACCAUAAUAUAAAUAUACUGAUUGAGGGAACAUAGAUUGGGGAAACAUAGAGCUGUGGUGUAACGCAUAUUUGAAAUAAAAAAAUAAAAUUAUUAUCUCUUUAUUGCGUCAUCUAAAAACGUUGUCGUCUGCAAAGGUACAGGUGGUUGGGGGAUGGUGCCUGAUCCCUCCACCCCACCUCUCCUAAAUAUUUAACUCGCCCUCAGUGUUGGGCUGCAUUUAUUGUUGGCAUUCAUGCCAACCGUGGAUAGAGUCUUAUUGACAAACUCUGUGUCUAAACUAAAGACCAAGCGCGUAUUAAAUGGCAUGAAAAGAAUCCGGUUUAAGCCAUGUUCUCUGCUACACGCGUGUUCUCAUCGGUGUUCAAUUUGUACUUCUGUCAAACGUUUCACUGAGCUCGUACAUGAAAAAAGCAACAAAGACUCCACUGGCAUGCUGCAGUAUCAUUUCUUGUUGUUUAAUGUGCUGGUAAACAACGACUGUUGAAUGAUGAGAUCGUCGCAAGUAGUGAGUUCUGCUUGGAGGCAGCGCGCAAACUGCUGCUAUGAAUCAGUAUGUUUUAUUUCAACGUAUUUAAUUAUAAUGUAAGAUAGUAAUCACUGAUAACUGGAGCGUGAACUAUCGAUCUCAGGCACAAUUAAUCGCUCGUCUGAGGAGUGGCGCCGUAUCCUAGUGGCGUCGUGUUUGGAACUGGCCGCACGGUUGUUAUUUAAACGUCGCCGCUCUGUCACUGUCAUGGAUGUGUAUGUUCCCGUAAAGAUUCGCCAUAACGUUGUAAGUAAAAAGUUUAUUUCGUUGUUUUUAAAACAAAAUAGAUUUAGCUUUUAAGUGAGACUCCCGAGAACAAACAUACGCCUCAUGAAUACACGCAGGACUCUGUGACACGCGACUCUUUGGGACACACUCACAUCAUUGCCGUCAUGUUUAGACCUCCGCGGAUUUUAAGUAGCUAACCACGGAGACAUCCAUGGAUUCCUUACAAAAAUGUGUCUUUUAAACAAAAUUCAGAGAAUUAUUUAAUCUACCUGUUCCACAAUAGUAACCUGUCUGUUUUUUGUUUUUUUUUCUGUGUGCAAUAUCCACCAACCUCCGAAAUGCAAUCGAUACUAACCCCCGGAGCACACUAUAACAUAGAAUGUACUUUACUUGUUAAUGGACAAUAUCCCCCAUCCCUCAGAGAAAAAGAAGGGGGGGGGGAGUCAAUAUCACAUUGGCUUUUAAAAGUGCUGCAAAUCGCAAAGAACAAAAUAAAAAUAAAAUAAAAAAAUUGUUUUUGAAAAAAAAAAAUUUUAAAUGGCUUUCCCCCCCCCCCUCCCAUAGUUGUAUCAAUUUAAUUUAUUUUAUUUUCACUCAUCACCGAUGAAAAAAAAACUAAUAAGUGUGCCCUUACUUUCUCAAUAAAAACAGUGGUUUAGUAGGGUUAGUCUAUUGAUACCCAGUGGUUUAGUAGGGUUAGUCUAUUGAUACCCAGUGGUUUAGUAGGGUUAGUCUAUUGAUACCCAGUGGUUUAGUAGGGUUAGUCUAUUGAUACCCAGUGGUUUAGUAGGGUUAGUCUAUUGAUACCCGGGGUGGGCUAAUAUAUUCUGAGACCUUCUUUAACGAAAAAAACAACAAAACUUUGCAGUUGGCCGAAAAUGCCGCCCAUCUUAUAAAGACAAAAAUGUUGAUGCCGACAUAACGGAGGAUCCUGCUCAAUGGCUACCGUAUAUAAAUGCGUACGAUGACAGUCGUUGUUGUUUUCUUUACCAACGCGAUCCAUCGCAAAUCAAAUAAUUUAGAGUCCCAUUACCAUAAUACGCGCCAACUGGCCCACGGAGGGUCUUGAAAAAGGCCAGGGUCAAAGUAGUCCACGUCAGUCGGUUUUGGUAUUUUGCUCUUGUUACAAAGUACACGUCUAUAAAAAGCAGUGAAUCUGCUCUAGCAACACGAGGCGGUUGUGGCUGGGAAAAACUAUGUCAAGUGUUUGUCAGCAUCGGGGAAAAAGUCAUCAGAUCAUUUAAGUAAUUAUCAAGAUGGGGAUUUUUUUUUAAAUGGGGAAAAGAAAUGAUACAACUAUGCGUGACCUUGAUGACGUUAUAAAUCAAAGCCUUUUAAAUCAUGAAGCCCGAAUCCAUAAAAAUGUAUUUGAAAGAAUAAUAUGCGUAGUUCAUCAACAUUCAGGUCCAGUGACCAGUCGGACAUUUACCCUUCGGUAUCCUUAGUUAGGGUGCAUGCUAUUAAAAAUUUACACACGAGAGGGCAUUCUGACGGAUUACAGUCGAAACAAAAAAAAAAAAAAAAAUUAGCCUCCCUGGGGAUACUUUUACCAUCAAAGUGGGCUUCACGUGUGUUAGUGGAAACGUGAUCAAUCAGAUAGGAUUAGGGUGCAUGCUAUUAAAAAUUUACACACGAGAGGGCAUUCUGACGGAUUACAGUCGAAACAAAAAAAAAAAAAAAAUUAGCCUCCCUGGGGAUACUUUUACCAUCAAAGUGGGCUUCACGUGUGUUAGUGGAAACGUGAUCAAUCAGAUAGGUUCCCUGAACAUCUUCGUGAUAUCGAACAAGGAAUACUUUCCCCGGUCUCAUCCCAUUCCAGUGGAGAUAAACACAAAGGGACAUUAGAUAUUUCUAUAACGGCACUGAUUUCCUGCACUAACACACCGGCGAGAGUUAGAAGGGAAAACAAAUUAAUUCAUCUUUUCGGUCCGAUGUGCAAUCAAUCAAAUACUCUCCUACCAAUGAUCCUCACAUUCCCGGUAUUUCUUUUCUUAUUUCUUAUAUUUUACAUAUUUCAAAAAUGGUUUUAAAUUUUAUUUAUCACAGCAAUGAUACAUUGAUUCUUUUACUGCUUGUAAUCUUUGUUUUGGAAAAUCUAACUUCCGGCAAUAACAUUAAUGGCGAACACUUAAGUUUUUAAACUACUUUCUAUUUCUCGAGGUUUCUUCUUUUUUGUCUUGUCUGCUGAGGAAAGCUUUUAACCUAUAAGCGUUCUUCUUUUGUUGAUCAGUCUUUUUAUUUCAAGCUUCCACAUAACUUAUUCCACUAUUUCGAUUAUAUAUACACCAAGUAAUGGAAACUUUUUGAACUUUGUUGAUAAGUCUGGUAAUAAGACAGGUGAUAAGUCGAGGGUUAAGUCAUGUUAAAAUAGGACACGCCAUGUCAUAACAGUGGCACACAUUUAUCCGGUAAUAUCUUCACAUCUUGUAAAAAAAACUACCUUCACCUCGGCUUCGCAUGACUGGUUUCAAUCACGUUACGGCUGCUAUGGUUCAAUGCAGAUUGACAUAACAUCCAAAUCCUUUCAUCCCCUUCGAACAAAAAUUUGAACAAAAAUUCGGAAAAUCUCUGUCAACAAGAGAUCAAACACGGGUACAGUUCCCUCCGCCCCCCCCCCCUGGCUCCCCCAGGAUCAAUCCCUUUAUGUUUAGGACCGGGCCGUGGUGUAUCAGUCCCUUGCUGUGUGCAUUGCUAUAACAGGCUAAAAUUCAAAUCAAGAUGUCUAGUUGCUAACUCACUCUAUAUAUAAUACGGCUGGCAACAGUAGUCCUUUUACUUGUCGGCGUGGCAUCAAGUCAAGCUUUUCUGUGGGUCGUUUUUUUUUUCGAAGGGAUGGGGGAACAGCCAGGCGUUGCAGAAAUUCGGGGGAUGAGCAUCUGAGCAACACAUUAGGGCAUUGUGAGCCGGUGAACAUGAGUGCAGCCAAUAAAACUGUACUGAACAAAUAUUUUAGACUUCCAAAAACGGGUGGGGUUUGGAGAAAAAAAAAAGGGGGGGGGGGUAUAAUUUAUGACAUUUCUGAAUCACAUCGUUAAGAAAUUCGCUAAUCAUUUUAUUUUCUUAUUUGCUUUUUUUUUGUUUUCUUGUUUGUCCAUGUUGGUGCUUAAUUAAUUCGUUAAAUGUAUCUCUCUUUUUAAAACUCUUUAUAAAAAAUAUGUAUAUCCUCAAAAUUUAAUUCCACUUAUUGUCGUUCCUCUCACUCCACCUUCAGAGGGUCUCUUCUACAGACCUGUUUACUCUUACGAUUUUGGCGUACAAUGUACGAUUUUCAGGUGUAAAUAUAUAUAUAGUAUGCUUAUCUUUUACUCUAAAUAUAAGGUAUUGAACGAUUUUGUGAUGAUAUUGUACGAUUUUAAGAGUUUGAGGGUAAACAGGUCUGCUUCUAUGUGUGGUCUGUAGUCUUCUGCGUGUGGUCUCUAGUCUUCUGCGUGUGGUCUGUAGUCUUCUAGGCGUGGCCUGUUGUGUUCUAUGUGUGAUCUGUGGUCUUCUAGGUGUGGUCUGUAGUGUUCUACAUGUGGUCUGUGUUCUACUAUGUGUGGUCUGUGGUCUUCUAGGCGUGGUCUGUAGUCUUCUACGUGUGGUCUGUAGUCUUCUACGUGUGGUCUGCAGUCUUAUAGGUGUGGUCUGUAGUUUUCUAGGCGUGGUGUAUGGUCUGUAGUCUUCUAGUUGUUGUCUGUAGUCUUCUAGACGUGGUCUGUAGUCUUCUAGUUGUUGUCUGUAGUCUUCUAGUUGUUGUCUGUAGUCUUCUAGGUGUGGUCUGUAGUAUUCUAGGCUUGGUGUGUGGUCUGUUGUCUUCUAGGCGUGGUGUGUGUUCUGUAGUAUUGUUGUGCUCAACAAGUUUUCAAGUAUAUAUACAGACAUAUAUGUUCAUGACAGCACACUUUAAGUUCAUGAAUUUUUAUUGAGGUAACUACAUGGUCACUGAAUGUUUUGUGAGAUGAUAUCGACCAAACGGGAAAUAUUCAUUCCCAGUGCUUGAAUCGAUUUUCGAUAAAUUGUAGUCUCGUCAGUUCCUCAGCAGUGGAACCAUUGACAGAUACGGCGUCAGUUAGCCAACCAUGGCCCAUUUCAUAUUAAUUUUUAAAAUAUUCUUUAUUGUAUUGAUUUGUUUUUAUGUUAUGCUGUUUUUUUUUUAAUAAUAAUUUUUGGAUGAGCAUUGCGUUGGGAAAGGGGCACGGUGGGGAGAAGAGAAUUUGAAAAACUAAAAACAGUUUAUCCACAUAAUGUAUUUUUCGAUUCCAUUAUGACAAAUAAUUUAACAGAGAAAAUGAAUACACGUAAAAAAAGGCACGUAAAACCCGUUGGUGAAAUUUUGAUAUAGCUUUUUUUUUUUUAAUCUUGAUCCAAAAAGUGCACAGCGGUGGAGAGUUGGAAUUGCAAUAUAAAGGAAAGUGGCCAGGAGGACAAUUAUUGGAUAUAAAUAAAAAUGACUUUUUGCCUUCCCAAACUCAUAUUUUAUUAGAAAACGCUUUUAAAAAAAAGUUAUUCAUAUACAGUACGAUUUUUUUAAACACGCCUGCGGUAUCAUGCCGUCCAGUCCACACUUAAACACGCCUGCGGUAUCAUGCCGCCCAAUCCACAUUUAAGCACGUCUGCAUGAUCAUGCCGUCCAAUCCACAUUUAAGCACGUCUGCAUGAUCAUGCCGUCCAAUCCACAUUUAAGCACGUCUGCAUGAUCAUGCCGUCCAAUCCACAUUUAAGCACGUCUGCAUGAUCAUGCCGUCCAAUCCACAUUUAAGCACGUCUGCAUGAUCAUGCCGUCCAAUCCACAUUUAAGCACGUCUGCAUGAUCAUGCCGUCCAAUCCACAUUUAAGCACGUCUGCAUGAUCAUGCCGUCCAAUCCACAUUUAAGCACGUCUGCAUGAUCAUGCCGUCCAAUCCACAUUUAAGCACGUCUGCAGGAUCAUGCCGUCCAAUCCACAUUUAAGCACGCUUGCGGUAUCAUAAUAAUAAAGUUUAUUUGAAAAUCACGCUUCAUCCACAAAGGCUCGAAGCGCGGUAUAUAGUCUAGUAUAUUAAAAGAGAAAUGAAACAGUCCAUAAUAUACCACAUUGAAAUACAAAAUGCAACAUUGCAAAAACUAUAUACAAGAAUACCCAUUCUAAGUCUUUCAUACCUAUAACAAUCAUAAACAACACAGGCCAAUACACAUCCACAAGAUAAUACCUAGAUAUAUAACAUCAUCCCAGCAGGUGUUUGCGAAAUAGAUAUGUCUUCAAAUAAGUUUUGAAAGACUCCAGUGACUGGCUGUUUCUGAGAGCGACAGGAAGGGUGUUCCAAAUUGUUGGGCCAGCAAAUACGAAAGUACUCCCCUCGUAAGUCUCAAGACGAACGUGGUAUCGAAAGUUUGCCACUAUCAGAUGACCGGAGUUGUGUAGUGGGUACAUAAGGCGUCAGCAGCUCUUUGAGAUAGGUCGGUGCCAGGUCAUGAAAGCAGCGGUAGCACAGAGUUGCCAUUUUGUACUCUAUGUGAGCGUGGACUGGCAGCCAAUGCAAAUCUCUCAGAAGUGUUUUAGCAUGGCCAAAUUUGCGUUUGCGAAGAACAAUGCGAGCCGCAUUAUUCUGUGCUUUUUUUAAUUUUAUCUAGGAGCGUAGCUGGAAGACCCACCAUAAGAACAUUACAGUAGUCCAUGCGUGGUAGCACGAAUGCAGACAUCAGCUUCUUUGAUGCAUCUAACAGUAAGAAAGGUCUGAUAUGACUAAUUCUGCGCAGCUCUAGAAAAAUCGCCUUGCAAACCAUGUAAAUGUGAUUUUUCAUAGUUAUUGUUCUGUCUAAACAGACAUCCAGGUUUCGCACUGUCUUAGGAAACUCAAUCUGUAUACCUGAGAGGAAGGGUUUGUGUGUUAUUUAUAUAUGUUAGCUUUUGAGCGGUAGCAAUGGGGAUCAGCUCGGUCUUUUCAUCAUUCAGUGUAAGCUUGUUUAUAGUCAUCCAGUGCUUAACUGACUCCACUGCCUUCUGUGUCAUACUAAGAACAUGAGGGAACUGAGAGGGGAUCACAGAUUGCCGAAGUUGGGUGUCAUCCGCGAACAUGUGAUAUAGCAUGUCAAAUUGCUUGAUCACUGCACCCACGGGCUGAACGUACAUUGUGAAAAGCACUGGGCCUAGGAUUGAGCCCUGUGGUACUCCGAAUUCGAUGAAAGAUUGCUUCGAGGUCAAACCGUUUGCAAUAACUGAUUGGACCCUAUUUGUUAGAUACGAGCGGAACCACUUCAGAAGGGUAUCGGUGAAACCAAACGUAUUUUCCAGACGUUGGAGAAGUAUGCCGUGGUCAAGCACAUCGAACGCAGCCAAUAGAUCGAGUAGCGACAAAAGCGAUAUCUUGCCCUCGCCACAAGAUGACAGAAGGUCGUUUACGACGCGCAACAGGGCUGUCUCGGUAGACUGGUGCACCCUGUAUGCUGACUGGAAGGCUCCAACAAGUCACACCAUCCUAUCCACAUUUAAACACGCCUGCGGUAUCAUGCCAUCCAAUCCACAUUUAAACACGUCUGCAUGAUCAUGCCGUCCAGUCCACAUUCAAACACGCCUGCCGUAUCAUGCCGUCCAGCCCACACUUAAACACGUCUGCCGUAUCAUGCCGUCCAAUCUACAUUUAAACCCGCCUGCAGUAUCAUAGCCACGCUCUCUGUGAAAAGAUGUAGUUUAAAAAAAAAAUUAAAUCAAUAUUUAACUUGUCUUAUCUUUUACCUCACAUCAGAUAUUACAAGGUCAGAAAUAGUAGUAGUCGUGUAUGCUUUCCCUUUACAUUAAGCGCUCUGCAGAUGGAGUCACUGAGUGGAAUCCUGUUUGCCGGAGUUGGGUUCUAUUGGCUUGAACGGAAAACUAUUGGCUUGAGUUGGGACCUAUUUGCUGGAAUUGGAUCCUUUUGGCUUGAGUUGAAUUCUAUUUGCUUGAGUCGGGGCCUUUCGGCUUGAGUUAAGACUUUUGGCUUGAGUUUCUUCAGCUAUGCCACCCUUGUUAAAGUUAGAUUAAUGAGACACAAACACUGUUUGUAAAUAAAACAAUGUGUUUAAGCUUUAAUUAUGGUGACAAAACAAUCCAAAUUCAAGCAUUUUUAUGGGAAAUAAAUUAAUAAAAAGAUUUGGUACGUUGGGGCCUUACGGUAUAAACUAAAUUCACACAUUUUUAUAAUUUAUUUUCCUAUAUUUUAGGGCCCAAGAUCUAUUUAUUCAAGGCUUGCCUUUUCUUAGAGGAGUUGCUGUCCAUUUAGCAUUUUAGAUUCCGCUAACUUUAAACAUAAAGGAAUAUUACAAAAUUUUGCAUUGACUGGGAAUUAUAUGCAGGUUUCAAUAAAUGCUUUUAAAAAUGUUUCCCAAAACUUUGACACAUUGACUCCCAGUGCUCUGACCUGAGUUUUAUAAAGAAUACAUUCUACAUCGGCCGUGUUGACGAAGAUAAUGGACAAUUUCGUUCACGUGACCUAAAAAACAACGUUAGCGUUAAAAUGUAAAUAAUGUAAAGUGUAGACUUAAAAAAGAAAAUGUGUUGAAUAUUAAAUUCGUCUGAGGAUGCGACCUUAAUGACAUAUUCAUGAAUGUGGGUUUCAUGUUUGCGUACUUCAGGUGGUUUAAGACCGUGUCAUUCUUGGGGCAGGUAAAGACUGUGAAGUUUCAUUUGCAUAUUAUGUUGCUAUGCUAUAUACCGGUACUUUAAAAAAAACGUAUCUCUCAUCUCAUCAGCUUUUGUAAACAAUAUAUAAACCCCAGAUUCGCACACUAGAGGCCACAAAAUAUUCGGUAAUAAUCGGUGAUGGAGCUAGGAUUAGUGCCGCCCGGGAGGUAUCAAGAUUCCCCCCCCCCCCAACACACACUUUUUUCACGACAAUAAAAAUAAAAAAAAAGGGGGCCCCCUGGGCCGGACCCCCCCCCCCCCCCCCCAACCCUCUCCUUCCUACGCCACACGUAACAACUCUUCAUAGGACGAAACAAUAUGAACGAAUGCAAUGUGCUCUCAGUAUAUGGAGCUUCCAACCAGCUGGGGAGCCCAAUGCAUGUUGGUUCUGUGCUUUUAAUCACUCACACUAGCUGGGGUGCCGAAAGCAUGCUGGUUCUGUGCCUUUAAUCACUCACACUAGCUAAGGUGCCGAAAGCAUGUUGGUUCUGUGCUUUUAAUCACUCACACUAGCUGGGGUGCCGAAAGCAUGUUGGUUCUGUGCCUUUAAUCACUCACACUAGCUGGGGUGCCGAAAGCAUGUUGGUUCUGUGCCUUUAAUCACUCACACUAGCUGGGGAGCCCAAUGCAUGUUGCUUCUGUGCUUUUAAUCACUCACACUAGCUGGGGUGCCGAAAGCAUGUUGGUUCUGUGCCUUUAAUCGCUCACACUAACUGGGGUGCCGAAAGCAUGUUGGUUCUGUGCUUUUAAUCACUCACACUAGCUGGGGUGCCGAACGCAUGUUGGUUCUGUGCGUUCAAUCGCUCACACUAGCUGGUGACCCCCAUGCACGUUGGUUCAGUGCGUUCAAUCGCUCACACAGCUCAACUUUGUCCCAUACCCAAUAAUCUUAACGACUCUGGAAAUAACAGUAAUGCAAAAAAUGUUAUACGUGUUACUUUCUCACGUCCUACAAUCGGUUGUAAAUAUGUUCGUGUGCGUGCCUCAUGUGCACGUGACGCAUGUUAAAAAGGCUGUUCUGGCCUUGACCUACGAUAGGGUGACUUUGCCAAAACCUGCUUAAAGCACAUAUUAAACAAUAACUUAUGUAUCGGACGCACUUGGCCAUAAAUCUGGCUCAAAUCAAUAUGUAAAGAUUGGCUAUAGAUCUGUUAUAAAUCAAUAUGUUAAGAUUGGCAAUAAAUAUUUUUUCUUUCAGUCCAGCUACUCCCCGCGCCCCUGAUUUCAUUCUUGCGUGCUAUUUACACGGGCGUGAAGAAGGUAAAACCAAUACCACCCCAACGUAGUUACAAGAUAUACCGAUCAACUUCACAAGCUUAUCUCCACCUGACCCAAGAAUUUUCUUUAUAAUGUUGACUACAGGAUAACAAAGGGUUAAGGGGGUUGUUUUACGAGAAAAAAAAAAGGGGGGGGGGAAGACGUUAUAUAUACCGGUACAUAUAUUUUACUAAAACAUGGUGGGUGGGGGUGGGGGAGGGCGUUAUAUAUAUAUAUAUAUAUAUACACACACACACUCUACUUUAUCAAUGCUUGAUAUGACAAAGUAUGUAGAAAACAUCUCCUACACGGACUCGGCCAACCGGUCCGGCAAGUUAUAAUAUCUUGUACAUACCUAUACCUGCCCACUGGGUGGCUGUGUAUUCUUGGUCCGACUGCUGUUUAUACAGGGGAUCUUAAACUGGUGAUGGAAACCACCAGUACCACCCCCAGUGAACAUUUCUUAUUAUAAAUAAGGUUUGGUUUUUGGCAAUUAUUAACCUAAAAGUAUUCUUUUAGUAUUAGUUCAGUAUUCUUUCAGGUAUUCUAUCAGGUAUUCUUUCAUUAUUCUUUCAGUAUUCUUUCAGUAUUAUGUCAGUAUUCUUUCCGUAUUAUUUCAGUAUUCUGCUCACCCAAGAUAUGGAAGAGGAUUGGGAUCACUUUUGCUGACCUCUGCAAUUUGCAUAUGUAUUUUUUCUCAAUUGUCGCUGUCAUCUCCUAUAAAUAAUGUUUAUUGACAAUAAUGAUGAGACAGGUUCACACAAUUUCAUCGAACCUAGUGCCCUUCUUAUACGAACCUAGUGCCCUUCUUAUACGAACCUAGUGCCCUUCUUAUAUCCAUCUGUAAGGUUCCUUUUAUUUUUUUUGGUGUCAGUUUUAAUGUAACUCUUAUAUAUGUACAUGUUUGAAGGAUAAAAUAUUAGUAUUUGGGAAUAAGACGGUGGAGACCGUAAACUAACCCGUAGGUAGAUAUGACAUAUACCAUGUUAAAAGAUCGACAUACAUGAAUAAUGGUCCAGUAGACUCUUCUUUAUUCUUUAUAAUGGCGAUGAAUGUCAUGGGAGAAUCCAUGGCAGUAGAUUCUCGUGGUGUCCAUGUACCACUGUAUGAGAACCGCUGAGACAAUCUGAAGUCAUUCACCGGGAGUUCUGUGACUCUAAUGACACAUGUACAAAUAAUACAGUCGCCUCAGUUGUGCGUAAACUUAAUGUUCACAAUAUGGUAUUGAGAAAUAGGAUCCAAGUAUGCACAUAGUAUCCCAGUAAAUAUACAGUAUCCCUGAUACCAUAAUAAUAUAGUAUCUCAGUAAACAUAUAGUAUCCCAAUAAACAUAUAGGAUCGCACUAGACAUAUAGGAUCAAGUAUACAUAUAGUAUCCCAGUAAACAUAUAGUACCCCUGUUAACAUAUAAUAUCCCAGUAAACAUACAGUACCCCUGUUGACAUAUAGUAUCAAAGUAAACAUACCUUAUCCCUUUUAACAUAUAGGAUCCCAGUAAACAUACAGUAUCCGAGUAAACAUACAGUACCCCUGUUAACAUACAGUAUCCCAGUAAACAUACAGUACCCCUGUUGACAUACAGUAUCCCAGUAAACAUACAGUAUCCCUUUUAACAUAUAGGAUCCCAGUAAACAUAAAAGAUCCUAGUAGACACAACUUAAUAGCGUGUGAACCAUGAUCAAGACAGCAGUGGAAUUUACCGUAGGUUUAGGACGAUCCUACAUUAUCUGUCGAGGUCUCGUGACAAAGUUAGUUUCAGAAGCUGAUUUUCAUGAUAACAGACAACGCAGAUGUAGUCUCAAGUCGCCAUUUUGACUCAAAGAAUCAAUGCUGAGAACGGGAGAGAAAGAGAGAGAGAGGGGGGGGGGGCUUUUGUUUUGAUCAUAAUUUAGAAAACAAAAAAAAAAACUCUUGCAGAGCGAUAAUAUAGGACUUUGUUACAUUAAAUGUUUAAUUGUAAAAGCUACCUCGAAGCGGUAAAAUUUUUUUAAAAAUAUGAUGUAGAUGAGUUUGUGUGUUGUGGUGUUUUUUUUUAAAGAGGGCGGAGAAGCGUUUAUUCUAUGACAUUUUGUUGUAAUGGUAUUGCCACUCUUUGGAAUAUCAUCCAAUAUUUUAUAAACCUAUCUCUUUGGAAUAUCAUCCAAUAUCUUAUAAACCUAUCUUGAAACUUUUAGUGGCGGGUUGGAAUUCCCAAUCUUCGGGCCAUCCAAUGAAACCAUUCUUUUACUAAAACAUUCAGGACUGCUUGUGUAGCCUUUAAACAAAAAAACUCUCCUGAUAAUUUAUCAAGGUUUUGUCUGGGAAAAUCGUCUGUGUUGGUCUGUGUUGAUCUGUGUUGGUCUAUGUUGGUCUGUGUUGGUCUUUAAGGGUCUGUAUGGUCUGUGUUGUGAUCUGUAGUGGUCUGUGUUGGGGUCUGUGAUUGUCUGUGUUGGUCUGUGAUUGUCUGUUUUGGUCUGUGUUGGUCUAUGUUGGUCUUUGUUGGUCUUUGAUGGUCUGUGUUGUGAUCUGUGAUGGUCUGUGUUGGUCUGUGUUGUGAUCUGUGAUGGUCUGUGUUGGGGUCUGUGCUGGUCUAUGUUGGCCUGUGAUUGUCUGUGUUGAGGUCUUUGCUGGUCUGUGUUGGUCUUUGAUUGUCUGUGUUGGUCUGUGAUUGUUUUUGUUGGGGUCUGUGUUGGUCUGUGAUUGUCUGUGUUGAUCUGCGAUUGUCUUUGUUGGGGUCUGUGCUGGACUUUGAUUGUCUGUGUUGGUCUAUGAUUGUCUGUGUUGGGGUCUUUGAUGGUCUGUGUUGGUCUGUGAUUGUCUGUGUUGGUCUGUGAUUGUCUGUGUUGGUCUGUGAUAGAAAGAAAACGAAUCGUAACGUCAUCUGGCACGAUCAAAUCUACUGUAAAUCUGGAGUCAUAAUUUUUUUUCUUUAAACGACUCCAAGCCCUCGGUGUAAUUCUUUCACACUGCGGAACUGAAGUACUUAGACGAAGCUAAAGUUGAUGAAAAUAUGUCUUCAGUUCGAGCUGUAUCUAAGCAGGGAGUAAUAGAAAUUUUAAACAAAUAUCAAAUAACUUGAUUCAAGUCCAAAGAAAAAAAAAAUUAAAUAACUCGAUUCAAGUCCAAAGAUAAAAAAAAAUCAAAUAACUCGAUUCCAGUCCAAAGGGGUGGAAAGCUUGAUUCUUUGUUUCCUGGUGCGGAAGUGAUGUUGAAUUGAUGACAACCUUGACCUUCGUCUCGAGCAAGACUGAUUUGGUCGGAUAAAUCAAUCAUUCGUACGCCUACUUCUUAUGACCCAUUCAGCUUAUGCAAAUCAAAUUAUAUGUUAAUGAGAACCGCUCUGCCCGCAGAUCGCAAAUAAGCCAACCAUAGCGGUUUCAAUCAAAGAUUUUAAUUAUUUUUUGGCUUCCCCAGAAAAAAGUAAUAACAAUCAAUUUAUGUUGUAUACACUUGAUUCCAUCUCACCAGUUUUAAUUUUAUCUCUGAUAGUGCGAUCGAAAGAGGUGUCGGAGAUCGUGUACGUAUAUCAGGAUAUCCGUUCGUUCUCAGCCCAGGGGCGUGUCACAGCACUAAAAGACCAUGGGUUAAAUACCGUAGUAAUGCCCCCCCCCCCCCCAACUUGAAAUGUUUUUGUACAUGACAGAUUUUUUUUUUAUAUUUACUACCCACGCAUGACGUCCUAUGACCCAGAAUGCUUCACAUCAGAGUUUACAGUAUGUCCGGAUUUGUGGUUCAAACUUAGGUUUACUUUUUGUGGUGACAUCAACGCCACUUCAUUGUGUACUUAUGGAGUUAUUACGAUUCUUAUUUCUUAAAUGCGGUGGUUCCCAAACCUUUUUCCCCCAAACAAUAAUGUAACGAUGAUAAUUGACCGCCCCCCCUCCACCCUUUAAUUUAAAUUAAAUUAUUGGCCCCCCCAAUCAUUUCAUGAAAUAAUAUUGGCAUACGCGUGGGUAUACAAAUAUAAUUGUUAAACUGUUCGCUCCUCUUUUGAAAAUAGUACCCCCUGCCCCGCCCCCCCCCCCCCCCCCCCCAAAUAAAAAGAGUGGCAUUAAAAAGAAAGCACGAGUAGCUCAAGAGUUACACCCAAACACUUGUAAAAAAAAAAAAAACAGCGCUUACCUUAUUGUAAGUAAGCAAUAGAAGUGCACCUGUAUGUUCCAGUUGUACUUUUCCAAAGACACGUCAAUUAAAGAAAUGUAGAUGGUAAAAGAGGGAAAACCGAAGCUUAGAAUUUUAACCAUACCAAGCUUGGCUCCAACCUAUGGGUGUGUCCUAAAUCGCUUUUGUGGUGGCGGUCCUUCCUCUUGAGAGAGGCUUCAGCGUUGGUUAUUAGUGGAACAUUUUUAUCAAUGGAUAUCGAGAACAAUAGAACUACUGCCUUUUGUAGAUCUUUUUUUUUCUCCUUGAAAGAACUUGAAUUGCCUGAAGGCGAAAUGUCUUAGUCCAAAACGCAAAACAAAAACAAAACAAACAAAAAAUUCUCGGGGAAUGGAGUCAUUAGGGAUUGAAGCAGGAAAGUGGGCUGAGUUUAGGGGUGGACAUAAGUCUUCAUUUAAUCACCCAACUAAACAUGUUUGUGACACAACAUUUUACUUUUAUUUAUUUAAGGAUUAAAUUUAUAUAACGAAAGUUUAUCAUUUUUGUGGAGAAAUUUUAAGGUUUGCAAUUUUAAAUAGACUAUUUUUUAAAUCUUUGAAUAGAAAUUGCAACCCUUUUUUUUUAUUUCAUUGAUUAAACAUCAGCACGUGACUCAUGUCUAAAAAUACACUUUUCUUUGCAGUGAAAUAACUGGACUUUACAACCUGAUCAACUUUCAGCCUUGACUCGAUCACCAUGACCUGAUUUGUCGAAUACAGACUUGUAUCCCUGCAGAUCAACAUUAAACAGUGCUUCAACAACAAGAUCUAUAUCAGAAACUCUCACAAUGUCGGGAAUAGAGGUCACAAAAAAGGUCAGCCACCUUGGCACGUGGCACGAGGAUGUCCUCACCGAUGAAAUCCUUAAAACCAUAGCCACUUCCGUUUCCAGCAGCAAGGGCAAGAGGAGAAAAAUCAAACUGAGCAAGGCCGGCCUCAAGGUCAUCUCCUCCAGGUUCUUCCAAGAAAACAAAGUGGAAACCUACCCCAUCAGUGACAUCACAACCGUGACGAAGAAUCCGGAUUCGACGUCUUGCGUCAUGUUCGUCCUGCCCGAUCCCAAGAAGAAGUACAGAAUCAUGGCCUUCCGGUGCGCGUCUGACGCUGAUUCGCAUCUCAUCACUUCAAUAUUCGCGCAAAUCAAACGCGACGUCCACUCGUCGAAUGUGGAGCUGAAGCAGCGUGACAACGGCAACUGGACACUCAGCCAGAGGAGCGCCCACAAUGCCAGCCGCCACAUGGCCGAAAUCUUCCCCCAGCGCAGUCAGCCCAAUGGGGCGGUGAUUGUGAAAACGAAUGGCGAUGUGCCCCACGUCCCUGUGUUGGACCGGAGUAAGAGCAACACGCCUUCUGAGGUUCACAACGGAACAACGUACAUCAAGAGGACUGUUGUUCAUCAAAAUAGCAACAGCAGCAGCAACAGUAGCAACAACAACAACAACAACAAAGUUGUGGUGAGCAAGAAGACGAAGGUGGUUAAAGACGAAGACGAUGAUUACGUCAUAGAAACGGAAGUGUCCCCGUUUCCUUACACCCCGCAGCCGAGACCUGCGCAGAGCGUGGAGAUUUUCAAAGAGGAGCUCGAGGAUCUGUCGCAGGAAGUGAGAGAGCUGAAAGCGAGGCUUUCCUACGAUCAUCACGACGGCAGGCGGGUUUCCGCCACGUACAUUGAGCCGAACGUGGUCUAUCAACAACAUCCGGGUCACGUUAUACUUCCGUCACGGCCGGUUGUCUACUCGGGCUCCCCACACGAGAGCGCCCACGCCCCGCACCACGUGAUCUACAAGGCGCCUCCAAAGACAUACGAAGGCAGGGUCGUCUCCUCAGCAGGCUACUACACCAACCCGUGGGCGUCACACCGGAGAUUCGUGGGGGAGUUCGCACCCCCAACACGGAUUACAGGGCGCAAACCGUCUAGUAAGAAAUUCUAUAAUGAGUAUGUGUUGUUACUAAUAGACAUGGGUGGAAUGUGCCGCCAGGAAAUUCCCGAUGGGUCGCCUGCGACACUUGUAUAUACACAUUUCAAUUAAACAUCUACUUAGAAAUCUUUUUGUGCAGGGCUGCUUCGACGCCACUGCUCAUAAACAUUAGUUGAGUAAAGAUACACAGGAAGAACUAAUGCAAACCAAAUAAACCUUACAAAAUUAUAUAGUUGUAUUACAAAAGAUUUAGAAUCAAUCUGUGAUUUCAAAGAAGAAAAAAAUGACUCCGCUGCGGUAUCCCUUAUGUAACUAUUACAGUGAUACUCUUAAAUUUCCGUGAAAACUAUUCAUCUCACUAUUAUAAAUUUCAUCCAGUGGCUCUAAAAGACUAAACAUAUUAAGAGAAAAUAUAUUAAUUCUUAUUAUUUAGCUACUAAUUAAAACCGGUAGGUUGGAGGGGGGGGGGGGGGGGGGGGGGGGGGGGGGAGAGCUUCACAUGAAAGGGAAGGUAAGCAAAAAUUAAAAUAGAUUAGAUGUAUUUGUUUUGCAGUGGUCUAACUUGGACCGUCCCAUUUAUAACCAUAGUUAGGGCGUCACCAUCUUGGUUAAAGUAAACAAAAUAUUUACUUUGCUACCACACGAUUCUGAUCUAAUCUUUCCAAUAAAUAUCAUUCAAAUAUUACAUAUAAGUUUAAUUAAUAAUCUGAAAUCAACCGCUUGAAAUAAGUAUGUUAAGAUAAUUGACACGGAUGAUAACAAAAGUUAGGCAGUGGAGUGUUCCUCACUCUAAGGCAAGGCAGGGGUCCGGAACCUAUGGCUCGCGAGCCAGAUGUGGCUCUAUUGAUGGCUGCAUCUGGCUCGCUGACACAUGUUCGAUUAUUUUAAAAAAUGUUUUUUUUAGACUCCUUUGAUUAGCAACAGCAUACCAAUGUUAUUAAAAAGAAUUCAGAUACAAAAUUAUUGCAUUUUUAAUGUUGAAAUUACACAAAAUGCACACAUUUACUUGAAUUUUUAGUUUUAAACAAAAUGUAUGUCUCUCACAGAAUUACUUUUCAAAAUAUGUGGUGUCCAUGGCUCUCUCAGACCAAAAGGUUCCCGACCCCUGCUCUAAGGUCACUAAGGACCUCGGACCUCGAUCAUUGUUAUGUUUUUGGUGUCCACGGUGGACUUCUGACGAGAAUAGCCCACCCAGCAAGGGCCGUCCAUAAAUUAGUUUUAAAAACAGGGCCUGGGUUAGGAAAAUGUUUGACAAGGCAGAGGGGAAAGUCAAAAUAAAUUGACGUCAACCAUUUUAUUUUUCUUAAAUUUAUUUUUUUUAAAAUAAUAUAACAUAAAUAGGAGUGGAUAAUGUGCUGCAAAUUAUUUUUUAAAUUUCAAUAGCUAUAAAAAAUAUAUAUAAUUUCAAAUGGUCUGAGCCCUCCAUAAUAAUAAUUUAAUAUGGCAAUGACAUAUUGAUCAGUUACUGUGCCCUGUAUCAAAAAGGGAGACAUUUGCCUUAACGUGAGGAUAACAAAAAAUUAAUAACAAUAAUAUUUAGACCUAAUACAGUCUUAAAUAAAAUAUGUAUUAUAAAAUUGAUUCUAGUCAUUGAUUCUAAUUGUUACAAAUUUAAUAUUUGUUUUAAAAAGUGUGUUUUUUUUUUUUUUUAAUGUAACGCAUUUGUUGUUCCCCGCCGAAUUCCAUAUCGUAAAUCGUAAGCAUUUUUUAAAAAAUCCAUAUUUAUUAAAUUUUAUUUACAUGUUUUUUUUUUUAAAUUUGUUGUUCCCCGCCAAAUUCCAUAUCGUAAAUCGUAAGCAUUUUUUAAAAAAUCCAUAUUUAUUACAUUUUAUUUACAUGUUCUUUUUUUUAAAAAUGGGGGGGGGGGGCAAUAUUUGACAUAAUUAAUUAAGGAUGGCCCUGAAAGAUUGACAGUUGUUGGCAGGGGGGUAGGAGGAGGGGUAAAAAAAAAGUAGCCAAUUUUGUUGAAAUAAUUAAUGUAUGGCCCCCAACACUAAUUCUUAUCUCAUUUUUUUUUUAAAACAUCUUUCCAGUCGUGGGAUCAGAGCACGGCAGUCUUCACAUGAGAUACGAAACUGAGUCUGUCUUGUCCAAGAGCAGCCGUCGCUCCAGGUCGUUGAGCAACUUCUCCGUCUCCACGACUGUGCCUAGAACAAUCGAGAACACCUACGGCAGACACCCUGUGGUCAUCAGGAGGCCCUCUGGGCAGGUCAUCGUGUCCUCUGGACGACCUCGACCUCACACCUACCAUGACGUGGCGCUAUGAGGCUAACGGCGCCGCCGACGUCGUCCGACGCCAAGUCCCGUGAAUUCAAUUCAGAGCGGUCUAAGCGGAAAUUCAAAACACAAGAUUUUAUACUCUAUGGCCGAGAUGACUAGAGUCCCUUGACAUUGCUUUAAUCUGUAAUCCGUGAAAGAAAGAACAUUCUCGAAUAUCUAAUUAACUUGAGCUUUGUAAUAAGGAGAUGGUAUGCCCAAAAAUGAAGUGUGUUGCGUUGUUCUGACUUAUGCCUAGCAAUGAUGUAUCUAGCUUUUUUCUUAUAUAUAAAUCUACAUUUAUAUGACACAUACAUUUUGUAAACCACAUUUUUUCCCCCGUAAAUUCUAAACAUCAGGCUAGCCCAAAAUAAGGACACAAAACACUAUCAUAGCAUUAGAGUAAUUGGUACACUUGGUGCUUUCAUCCCUUCCACUUUGUAGACCUUUUAUGUUUUUGUUGUAUGGGGUACUCCAAAUUUGUGUAAAACAGAGUAGCUUGCCCGUGGUUGCCGCCUACAUAUUACCAAUUUGGGUUUUUCCGAAAAUAAAUAUUGUUUUUCCUUCGUGAACGUACACCAUUGACCAUUGAAUAGGUUGGUGUUUUUCCUUCGUGAACGUACACCAUUGACCAUUGAAUAGGUUGGUGUUGUUUUUCUUCCAAAAAUGUUCUCGCGUUAUUGCGGUUAUCUUUGGAGACAAUGAGAAACUCUUCCCUAUACAUUUAAUUUAGUGGGGGGGGGGCUCGAGCAGGGUUUCUUUCAGCUAUAUCUCCGGGGGGCACUGCCCCUCCCCCCCCCGGGGAAAGCCAAGUGCCCCCCCACGGAGAAAAAUAUGUCCAACAAUAAAUCAACUGGCACUGCCCCCCCCCCCCCACGAAAAAUCUGAAGUGCCCCCACAGGGGAAAAUUUCUGAAAUAAUCACUGGCCUCGAGUGUUUUCAGAUUUAUACAUUUACUGAACAUAUAUGGAACUGUUAAUUGUAUGAAAACCUACAAAUUCCCACAGAAUAAAUUAUUUAUUAUAAGUUAUAAGUGUCAUUCGUUUUCUCGAUCUAUAGAUGAGAACAACAUAUUUAACGAGAUGUGCCAAGGACUAGGGUUAAGGUUAGGGUUAUGCAUGGGGCUAGGUUUAGGGUUAUGGUUAGGGCUAGGAAUAGGUUUAGGGCUUGGGUUAGGGUUAGGGUUCGGGCUAGGGUGUAAUGAUAUAUCCAUAGCACUUAAUUCAACUAUUACAAUCCUGCAUUGUAAUAUGAAGGACUAAAUGUUUCAUGUACACUGAAUGUUAACUUUAAAGUAGUUGGCAAGCAACAAACAAAAUCACUGAAAAUUUUCAACAAGUCUAAAUACGGGGUAAAUUAAAACUAGAACUCAACAUUACAUUUAUGUAAAAAAGGUUAUCUCCGAAACCUUACUUUUGGGGGUAAAAUUUAUUAAAAGGCCUGGCCAGUAUUCUUUUCUAAUAAAAGAACCUCAAGGUUUAUUUUUAGAUAAUGUCUGCCGAAAAUUAAAUGAGAAUUUCCCGGCAGUGAAUACUAUGCUGAGAGAAUGAUGAAGACUUGCAUUCUGUUAUGUAUAUAAUUCAUGUGUUUUAAAUUACAUAUUUCUAUUUAUAUAUAUAUAUAUAUA